AGUUUGUUUCAAAGGUUUUUUACUCAGAUAUUAUUGCAUCCGGUUUGUGUAUCGGCUAAAUUCCGAGGUCGAGGCGCUAACUGUCACCCUUGUGGUUACACUGAGAAAGUUUCUUUCUUUGGUUGUCUCUAUUUGGUGGUUCCAGAAUCCCUUCACAGGUCAGCACUGGAUAGGAGCGCUCCUUGUUUUUGCUGGAACUUUGGCGUUUGCUGACAUAUGGGGCAAAAAAGAGAUUGAGAAGAAGAAGAUAUAGGA